CGCUCCCAGAAUGCAUUGCACGGCUGCUCCCAUAGAAAUAAAUGGGAAGAGUGGAAAAGCCGCUGACAAUGAACAGUGGUACGGUCAGACUCCACCUCCUGCUUCUCUUGUGGCACUAAUCACUCCUCAUACCAGUCUUUCUGGUUGGGGAUUAAUCCCACCCCCCCUCCUGCUCGCACCACAGAAACAAAUGUUUUAUUCUCUCGUCUAGCCUGAACAUUCAGUUAAAAACCAGACGGUGUUUCUCUGAUGGGGGGCUGCUUCUAGCAACAGAACAGAAGCACGUGCCCCGCUGUUACAAAAGAUGGGAUGACAGGAAGAGAAGAGAAGAGAAGAGAGGCAGACGAGCAUUGGGUGGAAUCCCAAGGCAACCAGACGGGCUUUUUUCUGUUUCCUGUACAGACACUGAGGGGAGCUGGUGACUGAUGAAAGGAAGGGGAAAGGAUGAAGACGUGCUCAUCAUCAUCGUCACGGCUGCGCGGAGGCGACCAGGAGGCGAUCUGUUGGAGCGUCGUCGUGCAGGAUGCGUCCAGGACGGCGGGGAGGAUGGAAGGGAAGUGAGACGGCUUUGCUCGAUGACAGCCGGUCUGAACGCUGCAACCCGAUGAUGGGCUACAGCUGGCGUCGGGGGCAGGAACUGUAACGAACGAAAUCACUAAAAAAGGAAAGGGAAAUCUAGUGCAGUUUCUGGGGGGGUUCAAAAAAAUAGGCCUAUGAAAUUAAAUUACAGUUACGCAUGAUAAUGUUCAUGAUUACUGUGGGAGUUCCACCCGAAUAGUUUCUGGACAAAGCAAGGCCUUAUGCUGAAUAAUAUCCAUAUUGUUGCCCUGCAUGUUUUUCAUGCCCACGUUGUCUUGUUGUGCAUUUUCCAGCCACCGCCGUGUAGUGAAGUUUGAUGCCGUCCUGAUGCUUUCGAUUUCGGCUCUCCUGUUUGGAUUCGCCCGUCAGAUCCACAGUCCAGUUCCUCUCAAGCUGUCAUUCCAAAUUUUAGAAAAGCAAAGUAAUGAAAUGCGAUGCGUGUCAUUACUCUGAUAAAGCAACUGAAAUAGCUCCACUGCUAUUCGGUUUGAAAUAAGGUCGCCUGUCACGUCCCCCUCCCCACUGACUCAGAGGAAGCUGCGUUCAGCACCGCGGACAGCGACGAUGACUCGGCUCCGCAGGAAAGCGCUCGUGGCGCUGUUCCUCUUCACGCUGUUUAUUUUCGGGGCCAUGAUGGGGCUCAGGACGCUCAAGCCCAGCGACGGCUUCUCGGACCUAGCCCCCGGCAUAGGCAUAGACUUCCCCGGGGAGAAGUCGGACCGGAGGCGGCUGGACGGGAGAGACGUGGCGCAGGUGUCGCCGGGCCAGUUCCACACGGGCAGCAGCAGCAGUGACACUAAGGUGGUGUUCACCCGAUCGGACCGUGAAUACAGCAUAUUCUACGAUGUCCACAUCUUCUACUACCUGUGGUACGGCUCCCCCAGCAUGGAUAACAAGUACAUCCACUGGGAUCAUGUGCUUGUGCCACACUGGGACCCCAAGAUCGCAGCCAGUCAUGCCCAGGGAAGGCACAUACCUCCGGAGGAUAUCGCCUCGAGCUUCUACCCGGAGCUGGGAGCCUACAGCUCCAGGGACCCGGCGGUGCUGGAGGCUCACAUGGCCCAGAUAGAGGCGGCUGCAGCAGGAGUGCUGGUGUUGUCCUGGUACCCCCCUGGGGUGGCAGACGACCACGGCGAGCCCACCGAGGACCUGGUUCCUGUCGUCAUGGACGCCGCCCACAGGCACAGCAUCAAGGUGGCGUUUCACAUACAGCCAUACAAAGGACGGACGGACCAGAGCAUGCAUGACAACAUCAAAUACAUUAUUGACAAGUAUGGAAAGCAUGGCGCCUUCUACAGAUUCCGAUCCAGCACAGGGCGAGUCCUGCCUCUCUUUUAUGUCUAUGACUCCUACCUGAUACCACCAGAGUCCUGGGCGGAGCUUCUGAAGACUAAAGGCUCCCACAGCAUCAGAGGCACGCCUUACGACGGCUUUUUCGUCGCCCUCAUUGUGGAAGAGCGCAACAAACAUGACAUCCUAGCAAGUGGCUUUGAUGGCAUGUACACCUACUUUGCCUCCAACGGCUUCUCCUUUGGCUCAUCCCACCAGAACUGGAAAGCCAUCAAGGCCUUCUGUGAUGCAAACAAUCUGCUCUUUAUUCCUAGUGUCGGUCCGGGGUACGUGGACACAGCUGUCCGGCCAUGGAACAACCACAACACCAGGAACCGGGUGAACGGACGUUACUACGACACAUCCUUGCAGGCAGCGUUGUCCGUCAGACCAGAAAUCGUCACCAUUACUUCCUUUAACCAAUGGCACGAAGGCACGCAGAUAGAAAAGGCGGUACCCAAGAAAACCGUGGCCCGUUUGUACCUCGACUACCAACCCAACCAACCAGACCACUACUUAGAGCUUACGCGCCAGUGGGCCGAGAACUUCAACAAGGAGAAGGACAAAUGGCUAAUGUGAACAUGGCCUCGUUUCCCUGGUGAAGCAUGCCCAGCAAUGACAUGAUGCCCCUUAAUGUUCCACAACCUACCAGUGUUUCCCCAACUCUCAGAACUUUCUCUAAAUGUUAACUCUACCCUUACAGCUUUUAAGCACUUGCAUUUUUUGUACAGGUUAAUAAUGUCACUAAUAUGUCACAAUGAUGGACAGAUCAUCAUCGUUACCCGAUUACAACUCUGUUUGUAUCUGUUUAUGGAAUCUACAAAUUGCGUCUAUGUACAGAAACUCUGCUCUGUAGGGGCUUUUUUCUUAUUUUCUUAUGAUGAAAUACUUUUUCCUUAGUCUUUAAAGACUAAUUAAAAUGUGUGUUUGUU